AACGACUAGUAUCAAGGCCGUGUGCGUACACCGUUAUUUUCAAUAUCCCUCGACAGAAAAUACACCGAAACCACUAUUUUUUCUUGUUUUCAUGGUUUUAGUUAGGACAGGAUGACUACUUCUAACCCAUCACACCUUUUACCACUUGAGCUUGUCGACAAGUGCAUCGGCUCCAGAAUACACAUUGUUAUGAAGACAGAUAAGGAGAUUGUUGGAACUCUUCUGGGCUUUGAUGACUUUGUCAACAUGGUACUUGAAGACGUCGUAGAGUUUGAAACCACAGCAGAGGGUAGGAGAGUCACCAAGCUAGAUCAGAUUCUCUUGAAUGGGAACAAUAUCACCAUGCUUAUCCCAGGAAGUGAAGGUCCAGAAGUUUGAUUUGAGGCUCUAUAUUGGAUACAUGAUACUAUCCGAAACGUUUUACAAGCUAUUACUAUGACAAACAUGGUUUUCAUCAAGUCUAGUCAUCAUGACCUCUCUGUUGAAGGGACAACUUGUGGAGAUGCACUGAAAGGGAAAGUCAGCUGUCAAACAAUGAGGAACUACAUAAACACUCCAAUCUUCAGCAAUUUGCUGCAAGAUUUAUUUUGUAUUUCAACUUUUCAUGUAGAUUGUUAAUUUAUUUUACUGUAUUAUUCCUAGUCUUGGUUUUGCUUCGAUUCAAAUUUGUACAUGUUAAUUUAAUACAGCUGUAUUUCCCACAUUUUUGCUAGAGCAUAGCAACAGUGAGAUGUCCCCCAUUUUGUUUGACUUGAAGAACUAGGAAUGACAAUAAGUCAAUACUUUCUCAUUUUCUCAUUUUCUAUUUAUAUGCAUUAAAAUUUUGCAAAGUGGCCUUUUCCUUUGUAGUAGUGUGAAUAUUAUCAAAAGAAAAUUAUUGUUUGGCUGGAGUUGCCCUUUAAAAGAUCACACAAGUCAUCUCCAUUUACUCGCCCAACCCUGCAAUAUUUUGGGGUUCAACGUCAUAAAGAACAAAUUGAAUCAUAUCAACUUCUGUAACUUACAGUUUGAAUAAAUGGUUCCUUGUUUACACUUAUAAUUUGACUAGCGUGAUGGUACAAACUGGAGAGGGGGUGAUUUCUGUAUUGGUUACUUUAUUACAGCAUUCCUUUUUAUCAUUUUUUCCAUGUGUCGAUUGCAAAGAUGUAUUUUUGCAUUUUAAAAAAGUCAUUUGUUACCUAUCAUGUUGAGAGUUAAAGUGAAAAAGAAUGUCCCUUUGAAAUAAUCGUUUUACUUCAGUUACCCAUCUCCUAUGUAGUAUGUUUGAUAUUUAAAAUUUGUGGUAAUUUUAUAUCUUUGAUACUUUCAUGUACAGCCUAACAGCUUAUUCAAAGGGGUCAAGGACAAUUGGGAAAGGCUAUUAUCACAGCAGAUAUACUAAUCAAUCCCCCCCCCAAAAAAAAAAGCAAUGAGAGGCAGUUAUAUUACUUAAGAUUGAAGAGCAUCCAGGAAAGAAAUGAUUCAAUAUCGAGCCAGCAGGGGAGUUUACACCGAGUGCAUAGACUAGUCAACCCCAAAUCUGUGGUAUAUGAUUUAAAGUGUAUUUAAAGUUGCAGUACUUGUAUCUCUUCACAGAGGUAACAUUCAAAGCUAAUAUUUUGAAUGUAUGAUACAAGCAUAGGAACAAAAACAUAAAGAACUUAAUAUUUUGAAGGGAUUUUUCCUCUUUUUAAUAUCAUUGUCUUGUUCAGGUUGACAUACAUGUACCUUCCAUACCAAACUGUUCAACCAGAACCUUUCCAAUUUUCAUGAAGGGUGGGGAAACAUGACAGUUUCAUGUCAUGAAAUGAUUUAAUGACUGUGAGUUUUCACAAUAUGUAAAUGCUUCAUGCUGUGAAAUAGCCUUUGUUGAAAAUUGGGAACGAUUCUGUUUUUACAGUUUUGUUAUCAAUCAUGCAUUGCAGAUAAUGGACAUUUGUACAUAUUGCAUCUGGACUUGUGACUGCAGCAAUUUUUUUAAUAAAGAUGAUGUAAAUGAAUAA